AUGUCAUUUUUACCAUGCUUUGCCUCUUUCAUAGAUGAGAAUGACACUCCUAUAUUGAUACAUGUGUUAGAGGAUGGGAAGAAAGAUAUCAAUGAUGUUUUAAAGUUCAAUGUUUUUUCUAAUAUAUCGACUGACUACUUUAACAGUAACUUAUAUAACAGUCUAGCAAUGGAGUCAAAUGCAACCAUAAAAAAUCUAUUUCAAUUGGAAGGGAUAUCGGUAUAUGGAUCUAUUAUCAAAGCGACUGGACUGAAACUAAUUAUUGGGUUCAAGAGCACUGAUAUUGACGAAGAGAGAAUACAAGAUAUAGUUGAGAAAAUUAAACACAUAUACAUGAGUGUCAAAUUAAAUCCUUUCAUAAUAGCCGAUUCGAACAGUGGAGAUCAAUUGUUGAUCGAGAUGUUAACUAAGAAGUUAGAAGAAGACUUAAAUUAA